UGGCAAGUAAAGAGCAGCAUAGCGUAGAGCAUUGAUUCACAUUGAUUGAUAAUUGCAUUGGCCUCUCUGUCACUGGGGUUUCAUUCAUUCAUGAAAUGCAAUGCAAUUUGUAUAAUCAUUCAUGUAACCAACCAUAACUUUGCAUUUUCUCUUAAACAAUAAACAUAACUCAUCGUUGCCGUUUCCAUAGCCUCGCUCGCACCCAAUUCCUUACCCUCUCUUCUCUCUUCUCUCUUCAUAUUCCCCUCUUUGUUUCUCUCCGUACACUCGAUUCCGUUCCUUCUUCGCUGUUAGAUCAAUCAUCGAUAUCCUCUUUGCCAUUGACUUUGCUCUGGAACAUCAGGGUGGCUUCCUUUAUAGCAGGAAUCACAGUCGGAAAGUUAUCUGUGUCGGAUGAAAGAGUGGCUAUCCACUUACAAUGGCUGGACUUAUUGAAGGACUCCCUGAUGCUGUUGCAAUAAGGUGCCUUGCUCGGGUUCCCUUCUACCUCCAUCCGAAGUUAGAGGUUGUUUGCCGUUCUUGGCAAGCAGCCGUUCGUAGCCCUGAACUAUUUAAAGCCCGGCAGGAGGUUGGUUCAUCAGAGGAGCUGUUAUGUGUCUGUGCUUUUGACCCAGAGAACGUGUGGCAGCUGUAUGACCCUCAACGAGAUCUGUGGAUUACACUUCCGGUUCUUCCCUCAAAAAUCAGGCAUCUUUCGCACUUUGGUGCUGUUUCCACUGCUGGAAAGUUGUUCGUGAUUGGCGGUGGCAGUGAUGCAGUUGAUCCCUUGACUGGUGACCAAGAUGGCUGUUUUGCAACAGAUGAAGUCUGGUCAUAUGAUCCCGUAGUCCGGCAGUGGGCCCCUCGAGCAUCAAUGCUGGUUCCGCGCUCUAUGUUUGCAUGCUGUGUUUUGAAUGGGAAAAUUGUUGUGGCUGGGGGCUUCACCAGCUGCCGAAAAUCAAUAUCUGAAGCAGAAAUGUAUGACCCUGAGAAGGAUGUAUGGAUUCCAAUGGCUGAUCUUCAUCGCACCCACAAUUCAGCCUGUUCAGGAGUAGUGAUAGGUGGAAAGGUGCAUGUGCUGCACAAGGACAUGUCAACAGUUCAAGUUUUAGACAAUGCGGGGCCUGGAUGGAUUGUUGAGGAAUGUGGGUGGCUCCAAGGUCCUAUGGCGGUUGUUCAGGAUGCACUUUAUGUGAUUAGCCAUGGAUUCAUCUUCAAGCAGGACAAAGAAGGGAGAAAGGUGGUAGGUUCAGCUUCCGAGUUCCGAAGGAGAAUUGGGUUUGCAAUGAUAGGGGUGGUUGAUGAUCUAUACGUGAUUGGAGGCUUCAUUGGCCCUGACAGAUGGGACUGGGACAUUAAGCCAUUAUCAGAUGUCGAUAUUCUCACACUUGGGAGUGAGAGACCAAAUUGGCGCCAGGCAGCUCCAAUGACAAGAUGUCGUGGUACUAUUCUUGGUUGUACACUGCUGAGAAUUUAGACCUUGGCAACUUUCUUAGGCUUGUGUAAUUUGUGGCUCAUGGGGGAUUUGGGUCCCCUAAACUAGACAAAGAAUUAGUUGUUUCAAUGGCUUCCUUAUUUUGUAUGUAAGCCAUAAUAUUUAUCCUUGUCUUUGUGAUGAUUACAUGCUGGUAAAUUAGGCAAGUCCUUUGUCUGUUCUGUUCGAAACAAAACAGUAGGUGAAGGACCAUCAGUUAGGCCGGAACAAGCCGGUUCUACAACAACUGCAAGUUUGUCACCUUUCUUUAGGAAAAAAAGGACCACUUCAUAGUUCAUAGUUCCUUUUUCUCAUAGGUCAUAGACUCGUAGUCAUAGGGUUAAUGUUCGUAAACUUCAUAAGCAGGUCAACCGAUAAAAUGUGACAAUUAAACUAGCAGUGAAAAUGGAGGUUCACUUUGCAAA